AUGGCUGGUAGAAACAAUAUCGCUAUGCUCGACCAUCACCACCUCGCGAUAUAUGCAAAGCUCUCUGGGCAUCUUCCGAUCCUCGUUCGAUCAUUCCAAGCCCAGCCAGCAGUCUAUUCAAGCCAAUCUUCUGAGUUCUGGGCUGACCCCGAAUUUCCCCCCUCGCAGACCACCCUCGUCGACCGCCUCCCCGCGGCCUCCAAGACGCUCUUCGACGCCAAAGCCACCAAGUGCCUGUCCUUCGAGUCCAUCGCCCAGGAGCUGGGCCGCUCCGAGGUGGCCGUCGCCGCGCUCUUCUACGGCCAGUCGACAGCGUCAGCCGAGGACGUGAAGAAACUGUCGGCCCUCCUGGGCGUGGACGAGGGGAAGCUCUCGGCGCAGCUGCUCGGGGGGUUCCCCGAUCGGGGACGGGCGGGGCCCAUGCCUCCCGUUGAGCCGCUGAUCUAUCGGCUGUACGAGAUUGUGCAGAACUAUGGAUAUGCCUAUAAGGCUGUCAUGAAUGAGAAGUUCGGCGACGGGAUCAUGUCUGCGAUUGCGUUCAGCACGAAGGUCGAGAAGGAGGUUGACGAGGACGGCGUUACGUGGGCGAAUAUCACGCUCAGGGGGAAGCUGCCGUUCACCAGAUUCUAG